AUGACAGUCAUCGAUGGCGGCGCCGGCCUCAAUGUGAUCUGGGUGGAGACCUUCCAGCAGCUCCAACCGCCUUACGAGCGCUUGAUGCCCACAAGGCCCUUCUCGCACGUGACCGACGGCUCCACGACACCCCUGGGGCAGGUGCGCCUUGCCAUCACCUUCGGCUCUCGCGAGAACUUCCACACCGAGCUCAUCGCCUUCGACGUGGAGCACAAGUGCCUGCCCUACAACGCCAUCUUGGGCUACCCUGCGCUCGCCAAGUUCAUGGCAGUGACGCACCAUGCCUACAACUCCGUCAAGAUGCUGGGCUGCACUAGGAACAUCACCAUCCGCUGCGACGAGAAGGACGCGAUGUGCACCCUUGAUCAUGCCUACAAGGCUGCCGCCACCGCGUACCCAGCAGACGAAGAUGAGGCAGGGCCCUCCGAGGUGGCCCCCACGAAGAAGAAGUCGCAGUUCUUCCAGAUCUGCAUAGAGACAAAGAAGGUGUCGCUGGAUGGCAGCACCUCGGGCCCCUUCCUCACCAUUGGGAUGGCCUCUCCCCCAAAUAGUAAGACGCGCUUGUUGCCUUCCUCCGGGCAAAUGCCGAUACGUUCGCCUGAACAGCAUCAGACAUGUCCGGUGUACCGAGGGAGGUGA